AAAUGUUGUUAUUCCACGAAAACUUACUAGUUAAAUAGAAAAUAUCACGAGAAAUCAUUUAAAAUUCUUCAAAUUGCAAUUUUCUUUGCCUCAAAAAGGAAUAACCUCGAAAAAUGGCAUCCUCAUUGAUCCUAGCUGGCGUAGGAUUAGCUGCCGUUGGGUAUGCUGGAAGAUUCCUCCUGAGAAGAGUCCCAAAUAUGAGUCAGAGAAUGAAUGAGGCGCUAAAAUCACUCCCAAAAUUCGAUGCUGAAUCCCUGGCCAAUGCAAAAUACUACAAAGGUGGCUUUGAUCCCAAGAUGACCAAACGAGAAGCUUCCCUGAUUCUUGGAGUCAGUCCAACUGCGUCAAAAACCAAAAUAUCAGACGCUCAUAAAAGAAUAAUGCUCCUGAAUCAUCCAGAUCGAGGAGGUUCGCCGUAUAUUGCGGCAAAAAUUAAUGAAGCCAAGGACCUCUUAGAUAAAACGAAUAAGUAAUUUUAGAGUGUUUUGUUGUAAAUAAAAAAAAUAAUUAGGGA